AAAUGACUGCGUUUUGAGUCUUUGCUCUUUCUCUCUCUCUUCCUCUCCUCCCCAUCCCUUCCCUUUCCUUCCAAUUUCUCUGCACUUCAUCUCUUAUCUCCUUUGGUUUUUUUUUUUGUUUAUUCAAAGAUAUACAAAUAUCUUUCUCUCAAUUCAAUUCUUUUUCUUCGACUUCAGGAGCUGCCUUUCCCUUUCUGUUUCCUUUUUCUUUUUCUAAUUUUUAUUUUCUUUAUAAUUUCUCCCUCCUCCUAAGAUAUAUAUAUAUAUAUAUAUAUUAAACAAAACCCAUUAACAGUUGUUAAUCAUCUAAAAUAUUUGUUUUUUAGAAAAAAAAAAUAUUGAUUUCUCCUUGGUUUCCUGUUUCCUUUCCUUUUGAUGUUGGUAUGGCCGGUUUGGAUUUAGGUACUACUUCUCGUUACGUUCACCAGCUCCACCAUAGACCUGACCUUCACCUCCAGCAUCAGCCUGAACCUGAAGACCACGAUUCCAAUCGACAUGGUGGCGGCGGUGUUGCUGCCCAUUUCCAAUCUGAUCAUCAGCACCAUGACGAUGCCUCCCACCAAGGCCUUGACCUUGUCGCUGCAGCUGCAAACACUGGACCUGGGGACCUUGUCGCUCGCCGCCCAAGGGGUCGCCCACCCGGUUCUAAGAAUAAACCCAAACCUCCAGUCAUCAUUACUCGGGAGAGCGCCAAUACGCUUCGAGCUCACAUUCUUGAAGUGGGAAAUGGAUGCGAUGUGUUUGAGUGCGUCGCUAACUACGCCCGAAGACGGCAGCGCGGGAUUUGCAUACUCAGCGGAGCUGGAACGGUAACUAAUGUUAGUAUCAGACAACCAGCUGCAGCGGGUGCUGUUGUGACUCUUCAUGGCAGAUUCGAGAUCUUAUCUUUGUCUGGAUCUUUCUUGCCCCCUCCAGCCCCUCCUGGCGCAACUAGUCUAACAAUCUUCCUUGCUGGUGGUCAAGGGCAGGUGGUUGGAGGAAGCGUGGUGGGGGAGUUGACGGCAGCAGGACCGGUGAUAGUCAUAGCAGCAUCGUUCACAAACGUGGCAUAUGAGAGGCUUCCUUUGGAAGAAGAUGAACAACUGCAGAUGCAGAGCGGUGGUGGAAGUAGUGGUGGUGGCGUUGGAAACAAUCCAUUUCCUGAUGGGGCAGCAACAUCAGGUGGGUUACCGUUCUUUAAUUUGCCGCUGAAUAUGCCGCCGAACGUCCAAUUGCCGGUGGAUGGAUGGGCAGGGAAUUCAGGCAAUAGGGCUCCUUUCUGAGAGACAACAAUAAUAACAAACAAGUUUGAGGUAUUGCUCUGGUGAUUUGGUGGCAAUGUGAUCUAUGAGUUAUUAUGCACAGCCGAACUUUGUCUGAGUUUCAGCAGUUUAAAGUCGGCGAGAGAUCAUGGGCUUGUUUGGAUCAUAAAGGUCAGAUUAAUUUCAUGGAUUUCUUGUACUCACCAUCAUCACCGCCACCAUGUUUCUUCAUCAUCAUCAUCUUCUUCUAUCUUCUGUGAUGCUUUUAGGGUGUUUUCUUCUUCUUUUUUGCUUAUUUCUUCUUCUUCUUCUUAGUUUUUAGACUACAUGAUCUCUAUGUUUUCUGAAAAUAGUUUUCUUGUUCAUCGUGGUACUCUCUCUUUUUCUCUUUAUAAGAACUGGUUUGAGAAUGUAUUCACUAUGUAUGUUCAUUAAAAACUGCAAAUGAAUCACUGAAACUUCAGUGAUACUAAUACAUCAACUAGGGUUUAUUUCUUCUU